ACGUCAGGCCGCGCGGCCGGGCCGGGGAUCUAGGCGGUAGCUCGCGGAGGCGCUGCCGGAGAGUGACGCGCCGACUCAGCUCCCCCGCGGCCCGCCCUCCCGCCGGCCUCGCCGCGGUCUCCCUGGCUCCCCGAGAGCGCUGAGCGCUGAGCAGGCGGCCCGGGGAGGAGGCCCUGGGCGACGCGGCGCGGAGAGGGAGGGCGGGCGGGCAGUGGGAAGCCGCGGGUCUCUAUAUGGCGACGGCUCUGUCGGGUCUGGCUGUCCGGCUGUCGCGCUCGGCCGCCGCCCGCUCCUAUGGGGUCUUCUGCAAGGGGCUGACCCGCACGCUGCUUAUCUUCUUUGACUUGGCUUGGCGGCUGCGCAUCAACUUUCCCUACCUCUACAUCGUGGCUUCCAUGAUGCUCAACGUGCGCCUGCAGGUUCAUAUUGAGAUCCACUGAAGGCCACCCCUGACUGACAGGCAUCACCCCAGCUCACUGCAUCAGAGGGCUCAAAGCAUGAGGGGUGGAAGAGGGACCUUGGGCAUUUGUCUGGCCAAUGUAAAGUGGUCACAAGGAGGUGACCUGGACAAACUAUCAUGUGGCCUUAAGAAAAGAAGUCAGAAGGGGAGCCCCAGCCCAUCAGACGUGCCUUCCUGGACAGAUCAGCCUACAGCAGAUACUGAUGGAAAGUCACAGGCCACUGUAGCGGCAUCCUUGGAAAUGAAACAUGAUCAGAGCAAGGCCGGCCUCAUACUUCACAGUGGCUCCGAAGUGCUUCAGUAUCUGAAGGAAUCAAUGGGAAGAAAUUCGGCUCCAGGAGCCUCCGUGAGCAAGGCUGUGGUUCUGUCCUCUGCUCCUUCGGAAGAACAUCUAGCUGGGGUGUCCUUUGGCAUUGGGGACGGACUAGGAAGUGACUUGCCAGGAAGAGGGCCCAAAGCCACAGACUGCCGCGGACAGUACCACAAAGGAGAGUCCUGGGUGUCAGGACAGCCAGGCCAUCCAAAACUGAGGGAAAUGGCAUUCCUGAAAGGAGCACCACUGAAUGCUGUCCCCCAGAGGCUGGGCACAGGGUCGGAACUGUCUUACCCAUAUUCUGAGCUGUGCCAGCCACCAUACGCUUAUGCCCAUUACGAAGCUGUCCCAGAAGACCAGAUGAGAUGUGUGUCCCUCAGCUGUUUAAGCCCUGUCUUUCCAGAGCAAACAGUAGAAAGUGAGAACACUCUCUCAAGUACUUCAGACGGUCUGCAGAUACUCGUGGGGUCACUGGCUCUGCAAUCUUCCAGAUUAGCAAGUCUCUGAUGCCAUAAAGUCUGAGCAGAACAAUAAAAACAGCAGAUUAAUUUUAAAGGUUGUCACCGUUUCUUCUACAUUAAGUCUGGCAUACGCUGCAGCCACUCAGCUCCUGCUCUGAUCCCUGUGGCCAGACACCUCUCCAGUGGCUACAGAGGGACAUUUUGAGCAUGUUUUCAGUCGUUUCAGAAGGACACUCAGAACUGGGAAAUUAUUAACUCUCUGUUGAGUAGGAGGCUUAAAAUGUCCACUCUUUAAAUGACCUUUAUUAAAGUUAUUAACAAACAACAAAGGGAGAGUUACUUUGAGAAAAAAAUAUAAUGUGAAAGAGAUCAGGAGUCCUGGGUCUGGGAGAAGGAAAAUACUUUAUUUGUGACCUAUGUUCUGUUGGCAGAAAAGUCUGAAACUCUUCUGUGAUUUAAAAUUAUCCUAAAUUUAAUAUUUGCAACUUCUUCAAAGUGCCUCCAUUGAAAACUGCAGUUCAAACGGAAGGAGAGGGGCAACCGAGAAAGGACAUUUGCUUGCACAUCUCAGAGGCUAUAAAAUGCAGAGAUGGCAAGACUCAUCAUGGCCAGAGCAAGGCUUACAAGAGUUGAGAGGGCAGCCUACAGGUCUCCCCUUCCUUCAGAUGGCCAGAGGUGAGUGGGCGAGGCGGCAUCUGGGAUGCCCUCGAGAACAGGUUUCCAUGAUAAAGAACUCUGCUCUGAAUGGUUCUCUCUGAUCUUACACAGGACAGACCAGUCACCUAGAAGGAGAUGAUCUCUUUUACAUGAAGAUUAAGUAACUCUCCCCUCGUGGUGUGUUGAUAAUUUUGAUGAAGGUUGUUUAAAGGACAAACAUUCUUAAGCCUCCUACCCAAGAAAGAGUUAAAAACAGCCACAGGAGCCAGGAACCUGACUGUAUAUGUCAUUUAUAUUGUGUGCUAAAUUACUAUGCCAUGGGCUAUUUUAGUGUUUUGGGAAAAUAAUAAAAUCUGUUCUUUAGCAUAAUAAA